UUCAGAGUUGGCGGGUGGAGUAACUUUGCGUGAACUUUUUUUGUAAAGAUUUUUGUUUGUAUAAAAUGUUGAAAGAAGUACCGAUCAGUCAAGGACUGAGGAAUGGAUUUUAAGCGUCUCACUGAAAAAUCCAGUUAAACCGGUUAUAACUUUGUAGUUCCCGGUAGGCGUCGCGUACUGCUUUGUUCGCCUGUUAAACUCUGUAGUUUUGAAGCAAUUAGAUCGCAAUCUCCUAACGAAAAAAUGCUUAUGAUUAAAAACUAUUUCGAUGUCCAACAGAGACGCCGCUGAACUUUGGUAUUUUCGAUAACGAGGGAGGUGUGUUGGCAUGUGGCGGGGCAGAAAUCACUUGUGACAGGCAGCUGAGGAGAGCGCACCGGCUUCUUACAGUUACUUUGUUGAAGCUACACGAUUCCUGCAGUUCCGUGUUCGGGGUGGAGGGACAGAAAUCUCAUCAUCAUUAUGUUUUUUGUACUCUGAAAAUGUCGGGGCAGCCGCCCGUUUACCCUUUUUUGAGUUUCGUAAGAUAAACCAGUAAGAGAGAAGCUGGACGUACUUUUCAGAUGCGACAGCUUCAGAGUUCAUGUAGUGGAAAUCGAAGACGAGCUACAGGACGCUGCAAGAUGAGAUCUUGUAAAAACGGGAUGAACACUGUGGACGGGUACGUCCUGUCGGUGGACGUGGGGACAACCACCAUCAGAGGUUACAUUUAUGGCAGGGACGGCACUGUCAGAGGCUCCAGCAGCAAAAAGAUUAAACUUUUAUACCCAAAACCAGGAUGGGUGGAGAUAGACCCAGAAGAGCUUUGGCAACAGUUUGUCAGCGUAGUAAAAGAGGCUGUUCAAGCUGCAGGUUUGCAAAUGAAACAGAUCUUAACCUUAGGAAUCUCAACACAGCGAGCUACAUUCACUACAUGGAGCAAAGAAACCAGGAAACCUUUUCACAACUUUAUUAGCUGGCAGGACCUCCGAGCAACUGAGCUAGUGAAGUCUUGGAACAGUUCAUACUUAAUGAAGGUAAUUCAUGGCUGUGGCAAAAUGUUGCACUUUCUAACCAGACAAAAAAGAUUUCUUGCUGCAAGUAUUAUCAAGUUUUCAACCCAGCAUGUCACAUUUCGUCUGGCUUGGGUCUUGCAGAACAUAAAACAGGCACAGGAAGCUGUAGAAAAAGAUGACUGCUGCUUUGGAACAAUAGAUACGUGGCUACUGUACAGACUCACCAAUGGUGCUGUACAUGCGACUGAUUACUCAAAUGCAAGUUCCACUGGGAUCUAUGAUUCUUAUCAGUUGUGUUGGAGUGAGUUUUUAUGCUCUAUCAUAUCUUUGCCGCUGUCUAUAUUUCCUAAGGUUGAGAAUACAAGUCACAGCUUUGGCACUUCAGAUCCUGAAAUUUUUGAUUAUCCAAUUCACAUUAAAUGUAUGGUUGCUGACCAACAGGCAGCUAUGUUUGGCGAGUGCUGCUUUAAUGUAGGAGACAUUAAAAUUACAAUGGGUACUGGUACAUUCAUGGAUAUCAAUACUGGCAGCAAACCGCACACAUCAAUUGCAGGAUUAUAUCCAGUCAUUGGGUGGAAAAUUGGACAAGAACUGGUCUACCUAGCUGAGGGCAAUUCAGCUGAUACUGGCACAGCAGUUAAAUGGGCACAAGAACUAAGUCUUUUUUCAGAUGCAGCAGAAACCGAAGCAAUGGCAAAUAAUGUGUCUGAUAGUGAAGGAGUCUGUUUUGUUCCAUCUUUCAGUGGUUUGCAGGCUCCCUUGAAUGAUCCUCGUGCUUGUGCUUCAUUUAUGGGCUUGAAACCAUCAACAACAAAAAAUCACCUUGUUCGAGCAAUCUUGGAAUCGAUAGCUUUCAGAAAUAAACAACUUUAUGACACCAUGGUCAGAGAAACCUGCAUUCCAGUGAACAACAUCAGGGCUGAUGGAGGAGUUUGCAGUAAUAACUUUGUGAUGCAGCUCACAUCAGAAUUGCUAAACGAGAAAAUUGACCGGCCAAAACAUGUUGAAAUGUCUAGCCUUGGUGCAGCAUUCAUUGCAGGAUUAGGAACAGGUUUCUGGUCUAACACUGAAGAGAUAAAGUGUUUAAGAAGCACAGAGAAAGUGUUCCUCCCUAAGAAUGCAAAUAAAAAUUAUGAACACAUUAUAGAUAUGUGGGAAGAAGCUUUGAAGCGUUCUAUGCACUGGUACAGCAAAAGAUAGCACGGCAUAUACAGAGAGUUUUAAAAUGCAUCUUCUACUUGAACUGUGUGUAUUAAUACAUUUAGCUCAGAUUAGCAAAUGUACAGUUUAUUAUGAAAAAGUACACUAUUUUUGUAAUGAUGUCUUAUUGCAAGAUAGUCAAAAAAGGCCUAUUAGGACUAUGACAGAUCAAUUAUCAUUUCCUAUAUUAAAAAACACAUACUGUAGUUGUGCAUUCAAGAAUGAGGCAAAGUGAUAGUGACUUUUUAAAAAUCAACUAUCUGAACAAAAGUAAGGCUGAAAUAUUUAUACAGCUGCUUAUGACCAGUUUUUUACACUGAAUCAGAAUCUUAACAUUACAAAUGUACUUACAUAGUAAUUAAAGCUUGAUGAUGUGAUUUUCUUAGCUUAGUGAAAUUAAUUAUAAUUAAUUAAUUAUGGAUUUUUUAGAGGUAAAUCCUAUGGUCACAAGGUCACACCAAACAUCUGAAGCUACCUCUCUUUGACAUCUCCAUUCUGUGCCAUUAGCCAUUUCUAUAUUACUCUGUUUCUUCUUGUUGACACUUUCAACUUUUAGUCAACCAUUUUCUUGGAAAUAUCUUGAGAAAGCUUACAAGUCCAUGUUAAGACAAUUUUUGGCUUUACAAAUAUUCUAUAAAUUUUAUAUAUAUUUUACAGUUCAUGUUCAUUAAUAAUAAACAGGUCAAUUUCAUGUCUUGAAAUAGUCAUAACUUUUAGUAAUUCCUCUAAAAGUAAAAAAUAAAAGGUAAUCCAGUUUAAAAUAUAUAUCUCAAAUUUGUUUGUUUACGAGUUGCACAUAAAUAUAAUACAGUUGUGAUGAAAUUGUAUUGUGACUUCUGCAAAAUCUUCUUUGAAAUUCAUUUGUCUAUAUAAAAAUGUAUUUUUUUUAGCUUUGUUAAUUUAUAUUUGUACCUAAACUGUAUUUAAUUAAUUGAGCACUACUUGAAAUGCACCUUUUUAAUAUAAAAUAGUAUCAUGAAUAAAGAAAAAGAAAUGAUGUCGCAAGAUACAAAUCGGUACAAAUCAAUAAGCUUGGUUGAAGGAAUGAGUGUCAAUAAACAUACAAACCAAGACUGGAUAAUGAGGUUUGGAAAAUUAAUUUCCAGAGCUCAGUAGAUAUUGGCAUGUUGGUACAAUAAGAUAAAAAUAAGGAAAGCACACUUUAAGUGAAGUACAUUUUGACAUGUUUACAAAUAUUCAGUAAAUAUUGCAGCCAAAUUCUUAAAUGUGCCAGUUUUUAAAGUUUUAACAUUAUUAAGUGCUGUAGAUGUGAAAAGAGAACUCAUCAUUGUGCUAAUAUGUUAUUAAGUGGUCUUAAAGGCUUUAAGUACUGUGGUGUUGUGGGCAUUUGUUUCCGGCCUGCAAUUUGCCUCUUUGUUAAGCCAACAGCACUAUCAUCAGAUUGUGAAAACCUACUUAACCUCUUUAGCGUUGCAUUUUAUUCCAAAAAACCAUGUAAAAACUGCAUAUAAUCUCAAAAUGAGUCGUUUGUGUGGUAAAGCACGGUGAAAGACACAAUCCAAUGUCACAGUCGGGACAAUAAUAGUGUGUUUCUUUUCAGAUUUUUUUUCCAGGUUUAUCAGUUUUUGAGUUGGAUUCUGUUUUUUUUUUUCUUUCUGUUGGAGGUAUAUGCUCAAAAUGUCUACCAAUAAGACGCUCUGGAUUGAUCCGCAAUGUGUUAGGUCGAACUUGUCUUUUUAGCGAUAGUGUGGACAGUGGAUGUACAGCAAUGAUUUGUUGUACAAGCUGGCAUGUAAAGUUUGCAUGAGAUACAGUUUCGCCAGCUUUUUAUUUGUAUAAGACGAAUGCAUUCCAAAAUGCACUGUUCCACUACAUGACAAAAUAUCUUUUUGUAGUAUUUAAAUUUUGUUGUCUCCGCUUAACGGGAUAGAAAGUCAGUUCUUGAUCUGCACAAUCUACGCUGUCCAUUGUGUUAUUGUAGUUGACCACAGCACAAGGCUUUGUAAUCUGCUUAUUGCCUUUUGCCUGUACAGUGACCAUAGCUGCAUUAUGUACAGUGCUAAGAAGACAAACAUGCGUCUUGUCUUUCCAUCUCAGCCUAAGCACUUUACCCUUUUGCCAAGCUACUAGCACACCUUGCUGUAAUUUAGCUCUGCCAAUGUCUAAAGGGCAUGCCACGACGGUUGAGAUGCACUGUUCCAUAUGCGUCAGACUUUCUUUGCAGCAAGAUGUCAAAUAGCUCUGGUGAAGUAUAAAUUGUCCAUGGUUACACAGUAAACUUGAUCCCGCAGAGCAUUUAUCAAAGUCAGCACCAAUGAUGUAGCAUUUUGGAUCAAACAUUGUCCCUUUCCUUGUAUACAGAACUGAAUUCUAAAUGUAUCCCGUUUUAGAUUCACAAAUCUCGUAAAAUUUUAUGCUAAAUCUUACUCUUUUUGACACAAUGUACUUUAUCCAUGACAGUCUACCCUUUCAUCGAUGCUGACAUCAUGGUCCAGAAUGUAAACGCUCCAAAAUUUUGCUACAAAGGCCUUGUGUAUCUCCCAAAUUUUCUUCAGUUUGGGUGCUGGGUGGAUAUUUUCAUCAAAGUCUUCGUUGUUGGUAAAGUGCAGAUAUUUCAUAAUUAGUGAAAACCUGCACUCAGACAUAAUUCUUCCAAAGAACAGCAGCACUGACAACACUUUUACAGCCAGAGUGAUUCUCAGUUCUAACACUUACGCAAGAUGCAUCUGUACAAUUGUCUGAGUGACACUUGGGACUAAUGCUUUUAGCAUGGUUUUUGCAGCCUGAGUAAAAAUGCUAAGGAGUUUAUUUUUUAUUUUUAUUUUUUUUGAUGAGCUCUAAGAGGCAAUUCUGAACUGUUAUAAACAUUAUACUGUUACUGAAUUUAUGUUGCAAAAAAAAGAGGCAAAAAUCAAGCAUGGAAGUGAUGAUUAAAAAAUGAUUACCUUUCAACACAGUUAAUUUAUAUGAUUUAUUUUUAUUUUUCCUUAUUUUACUUUAUCUGUAACUUCAGAACCUGUAGUAUAGUAUUUCCUUUUAUUGCUUAUAUAAUGUAUGUAUAUUUUUCAAAUCUACUUAUGGAGAUGCAGUUUAGAAAGCAAACCAGGAUAAUCUGCCAGUACAUCACAAAACCAGUUCACACACACAAUCGCAUUCAGACAGCCAAUUUUGAAUCUUGAGUUGACCUUUCGUGUGCGAGGAAAACUGGAGUAAUCUGACAAUAGAUAACUGAAGGACUCAAACCCAAAAUGCUGGGUUCAUCUUGAAGCAAAAUUUAAAUCUGCUUUGUUUUGUUGUCCUUUUGAUCAGAAGCGGUUUAUCAAGCAAGUAGUACAAUAUAAGUUAAACCAGAGGAAUUUGAAGUAAGCAUACCCACAAAAAUAUUAAAGAAUCUGGUAUUUUGGAAAAAAGAUUUGCACACUAUAAAUGCAUUCUGUAAUCUCUUUUUAAUGUGAACACACCUGCUCUUGUCAUAAUAAUGUUCAUCGCUGUGCUAAUGAACUGCUCCAAUGUCUGUCAAACAAACGAUGCAGGCCUCAUACUAUAUCCAGGUUGUUAUGCUUUAGAAAAUUACCUUCUAAUGUUCAUGUUGUAAUUCAUUUAAUUAUUGUAAACAAGAAUGUACAGUAUGUGAUACAGCUUAGCUAGUGAAAUUACAUGCUGCUUGUUACAAAAUUAUUAAAAAUACAUUAAAAUUUGGAAUGAUAUUGCAAAAAAGGACACUAAGUUGUCAUACUAAAUGUUAGUAACAGACAUUGCAAUGAAUUUAGGUGACACUACUGCGUAUUCUGUUUGUGUGUUGCUAAUAGAAUGAGGAUGCAGUAUGGUGUCUUCUAAAUGUCCUUUUGCUGUCUAUGAGCAGGGAAUGCACUGUGUAAUAAAUAAUGAGACUGCUGUGUUUGUUGAAACAUAGCUGAGCUGCUAAAAGUUGAUCAUGUUAUGACCGGUGUUGAGCAUUUUUAAACUGGCAAAACAGUAAACAAUUAAUAGUCAUUGUUUUGUUUGUGCCUUUUAACAAGUUAUUUGUGUUAUACAUAUUGGUAUCUUUUGUGUAUUGUUAAGUAAUCAAGUUAUAACCAAUUACCUCUGUUUUUUUCUUCUUUUUUUAUUCAUGUUGUUAUUGAAAAAAAUGUUAUGAUUAUUUUUGUUUGGUUUGGUAACUGUGUCACUUUCCAGACUGAAAAGGACUUUGAAUAGCAGGGCAGUACAUCACAACACAGAUGAAGUAAUGACAUAAUAAAACUUAAUUUGUAUAUACUA